AACGAGCAAAGCUAAAGUUGGAGCGAGGGGAACAAUUUUCUUCAGAUCACAAAAGAAUAAAGGAUUAAUUGAAUUUCCCGUCGUUGAAAAUUAUUGACAUUUUUGGCAGGUUGUCUGAGCUUCCUGAGUCCUCUUGGCCACAAUGAGUUGGGGGGCGCUCUAUGCCCAGCUGGGAGGCGUCAACAAACACUCCACCAGUCUAGGAAAGAUUUGGCUUUCUGUCCUUUUCAUCUUCCGUAUUACUAUACUGGUUCUGGCUGCUGAGAGCGUCUGGGGGGAUGAGCAGUCAGACUUCACAUGCAAUACGCAGCAGCCUGGCUGCAAAAAUGUCUGCUAUGACCACUUCUUUCCUGUGUCGCACAUCCGCUUGUGGUGCCUGCAGCUGAUCUUUGUCUCCACACCGGCCCUGCUGGUGGCCAUGCACGUCGCCUACAGGAAACGUGGGGAUAAGAGGACCAUGCUCGCCUCCAAUGGCACAGAGAGAAUGACGGAUACUGAACUGCAGACACUGAAGAAGAGGCGUCUGCCAAUCACAGGCCCGCUGUGGUGGACCUACACCUGCAGUUUGUUCUUCAGGCUCAUCUUUGAGGGUGGGUUCAUGUACGCCCUGUACUUUGUCUAUGAUGGCUUCCAGAUGCCCCGGUUAGUGAAGUGCGAGCAGUGGCCUUGCCCCAACAAGGUGGACUGCUUCAUCUCCAGGCCAACAGAGAAGACCGUCUUCACGAUCUUCAUGGUGUCCUCAUCGGCCAUCUGCAUGGUGCUGAACGUGGCCGAGCUGUGCUACCUCAUCGUCAAGGCGCUCCUGAGGUGCUCGACCGGGUCAAACAAGAGGAAACACCUUUACACCAACACAGACAGAGUGACACCGGCCAUUCUGCAGAAUGAAAAGAACGAGAUGCUCCUGUCCUCCACUGAUUCGACCAGCAACAAGACCAUGUGUUGAAGGACAGCAAUCAGUGGUGGAAAAAUCCCUCCUAAUGGUCAUAGUUUGUGUCUGCAGUUUGGUAAUUACUCUAGCAGUUGAGCAUCCAACAGAAUUGCCUCAUGGGAAGGUAAAACAGCUUCUAAAGCCAAUUUUGAAGUGGGAACUUAAAAUCACCACAACAUAUAUUAGGUUAAUUAGACAGCAACAUACCUUCAUUUGUAGGGAACUCACUAGAUAAUUUGCAUCUUGGCUCUGUAUUCCUACAUAUGGCCUCUAUUUUGCAACUAAAGACAGUCGAAUGUUCUUCCCUGAUGCAAAAAAACCCCCUAAAAUCAUGGAUCAUACAAUAAUUUUAAAAUCUGAUCCAAUUCCCACCAGUGAGUGUUACUUUGAGAGCCUGUUUGUGUUCUCAGAACAAAAAGCCGCCAGGUAGCAGAGAAUUUGUUUUCUAACACAAUAGUGUCUUUGCAUAUAUUUAUACACAUCAUCACAAGUGCCACCUUGCUUUUCGUAUAUGCUCGUUAGAUGAAUGUUUUAAUUUAUUGUUCACAGUUGUUUGAAUGUGCUGUGCAUUGCAAAAGUGACUGGCCAGAGAAGAAUGAGUCUACACUGACACCUAGUGGUUCACAGCGGAACCCUUGACAAGCAAAAACACCAUCCCUGAAGCCUGAAUGGUUUUAGUGCUAAAGAAGUGGAAGUACAGCAAAUGAAGUCAUGAAAAGUGAGGUAGAAAAAAGAUUCAAGUGCCUUUGUGUUAUGUUUUAGUCUUUAGUUUACUAGAGAUGGCAGUGAUUUUUAAUGCUGUUGAUUUUGAACACGUUUAACAGUUAUUAAUAAAAGUAGAUGGUUUUUCAUGAUUCUGCUGUAUUUAAUCAAGUGACCGUAGGAUGAAGUUGGGUUUAAAAAUUCAUAGUGUCAUAACUCUCUAGGUUUCAUUACUGUUACAUGGGAUAAGAUUACGUUGAUAGAAUUGUUAUGACAUGGUGAAAUCUUACCUAGGGUUUGACAAUCUUUGCUGUUUAAUCAAAUUAGAAUGUCUUUUGCGUUUUACUUGAACUGAGAGUGUUUGAAUUUGAAGUGUUUCUUUACAUGAGCUAAAUAAUCUAAACGCACUCUGAGAACGUGUUGCCUAUUUUCACACGAAUGUUUCAAACACAUGUUCGGACUGUACAAGAUGCUUUUAAUCUUCAAGUGCUAGAAACCUCCCCGACUGUUCAUGUUGCAUAAUUAUUUCCUCUGAACUGACAUUGCUGAGUUGAUGUGGAUAUAAAAAAUCUAUAAAAGAGGCAAAAACAAAUGUCACAAAAAUAUUAAUUCAGAUAUUCUUAAACAGAUUUUGUAUCCCAGUCAAGAUGCUUGAAGUUUGUGAAGAUGCCAAAUCUGGCAGGCUUGUAGUGAUUUAUAGAUUUGAAUCAUUCAAUAUCUGACUCAAUGUUUUUGCCUUUUAUAACAUUUGCAUUUGCCUUCUAAUUAUACUGUUACCUUCCAAGAAAUUAUUUCAAACAGCAGGAUUAUCAAGUUAGGCAGACAACUUCAAAAAUUGCUCCUGAAUGUUCUUUAUUAUUAUUAACCGAUUCCUAAACCCAAUAUUCAAGUGUUAUUUUCAUAGGUCCACAGAUUCAAGAGAGUCUGUUUCACAGUCACCACCAGGCUAAUGUCCUGCUUUUUGAAACACCGUUCAGAAGUUGUCCUGUUUAGCCCAGACGUGCUCCUGUGUUUUUUGGACUUGUGUUGGUGCUGCAGUGUGGUGGGUACUGACCCCGGCUGGCUGUAUCAGCUUUCAGCAUGUGCCUUAUUUUAGCCACCUCACUAAUCACUGCUUGCCCUCUUCAUGUGAGGAACUAUGGCUGAUCUCAAAGUGAAAAUGUCUUUGUCCUCCCUCCAUCCAGGAAUAGCUGAGUUGGAUUAGUCACAUCUGUGUUGUUAAAAAAAACUCACCCUAUGUGAACAGAGAAUAGUGAUUUGGUGAUUAGAAAAGAUUGGAAAGGGGUGUGUGAGACAAGUUCGACAAUCAAUGAGAUGUAUCAAUCCCAAAAAUUAUAAAAAGACAAUCUGGAUGAGUCGUAUAUUGACAUUACAUAACUGAUGCAGCUGAUGUAGAGUCACAGCAUGAAGUGUAAUGUUGACAUUUUUCAGUGGGCGAGAAAAGUUUUGACCAAAGAAUGCCAAGUCAUGCAGUGUCACAGACGAAAAGCACUCCGGAGGCCUCUGGGUGCAGAUUUGGAGAAGAAAAAUUGUGAUUUUUCAAAACAUUGUUAUGUAUGUGUGCUCUGCAUUGACCUUUGGCCUCUUGCGUAAUGCAACAGCCAAGUGUCAUUUUGAUGCUACGUGUGUGAUAGUAACAAUGUGUAAUGGACACUGUUUUUAAGGGACGAGCCUGAUCACUCCAGUCCCAAGAUGUUGAUAUUUUUAGCAAUUUUUAUAUUCAGAGUUCUUCCACAAUGUAGUAGUCUGAUUUUAACAACACACUAAUGAACAGCUUUCUAACCAAGAAAUGUAGAAAUGAAAUGUUUGUGACUGUUUUUUGCACCUAAGAUGUUUUUUUAUUACACGUGCACUUUGAUCCUUGAAGUCUUUUUGCUGUUUAAGACAUUUUUUCAUAAAUAAAAUAUAACUGCGUGGUUCA